AUGGCGGGAUCAUCAUACUACGACCGCCACCUCAGGCAAGGCCCGGCUCUGAUUCGGGCGAGGAAACCGUACAUAGUCAAGAAUGCUGUUCUCGGCCUGGGAUUGUGGACCAUUGUUGGGGGUGUCUACUGGUACACAUUGAAGGCUGUUGGCCAAGACGAUUUCGAAGAUGUCAAGGUUCCUGAUGCGCCCAGAGAACCCCAACAAGCGAAAUAA